GUCUUCCUUCCUGUCUUUCUCCGUCUCUCUUGGACACGGAAAAAGCACCAUGGCUUUCCGCCCAGCUGACUUUGUCCUGGUCUUUGCUGCACUUCUAACCAUCUUCUUGCUGAACUGUUACCGGAGGUUCACUGCGGCGAUCAAUGCAUUCGCGCCAUUACCCGUAUACAAGAGCAUGUUUACCCCGUUUUGGAUGCCUGCAAUGGUUCUUCCGACGGCGCCAUCAUGGAAUCCUUCGGACACCCACUUCUACUGGCUAGAAAGAGGCGCUUUGUACAAGAAUAAUCCUCAUAGAACGUUUGCCUUUGUGGGAUUCUUCAAUAAGGGAAAGACGAUCGCAUCCAUCGAUCCAGAAGUCUUGAAUCAAGUUGCCUUUUCCAAGGGCGCCUGGGAUAGAGUUCCUAUUGUUGCUCUGGCCCAAAAUUUUCCACGCGAAUGCUACAAUGUUGGAUCAGGUCGGAUGGACACAGGUUACAUGAGGCAUAAGCGUAUCAUAGCUCCAGUGUUCACUGAGGAUCUAUAUCACCGAGUAUGGAAAGAAACAAUUCUCGUGUACGAUGCGAUACGUGAAGCCGGCAAUUGGGAGAAACAAAACACCAUAGUCCUGCCGGAUCUUAUCAACGAGGUCACUUCUUUUAUCACCCUCGCUGUGAUUGCUAAAGUUGGCUUCGAUGUCGACGUGCAUACGAAGGAAGCUGAAGAUGCAGACGAAACGAUGUCAUUGCACCGUGCGUUUGACGUCCUUUCCCGCAACUUCAUCAUGAAAGGAGUGCUCCCUCAAUGGUUGUUCUCCCUUCCAAUUAAGAGUCUCCAGAACAUCCAGAAGGCAAGCGAUAUAAUCACUACGACGAUGCGAAACAAGUUUUCCGCACGUCGUGCAGCAUCUAAACGGCAGGUGAACAGAGCAGAAGAAAAGGACAUCUUUGGCCGCUUACUCGCUGCAUCCGAUGCGGAAACGCCAUCGCAGGCCCUCACUGACGAUGAGAUACUCUCAAAUACUUUCCUUAUGCUCCUUGCGGGGCACGAGACGGGCAGCAAAGGUCUCAGUAUCACCCUCGGACUGUUGGCUUGUCAUCCCGAGGAGCAGGAUAGCUUAUACAAAUUGGUGCAGGAGGUCAUUCCCCACGAUCGUGUCCCGGCCUUUGAAGACUUUGACGCGCUGGUCCCAUUGCGGAACGCACUCAUGGAGGCAUUGCGAUUGUACCCGGUGGCCUCUCUGCUUUUCCGCCAAGCAACAGAAGAUACAACACUGAAUAUACCCGGUUUACCGCACCCGCUGGCAAUAGAAAAAGGUACCAUCUUCACUGGCGACUAUAUUUCGGCUGGCUGGGAUGAUUCCCUCUGGCCCUCUCCGUAUUCGUAUCUUCCCUCCCGGUGGACCAAUGGCCCUUUGUCCGCGGACACGAUGCAAUUUGGGCUUGGGAUCCACACCUGUCUCGGUCGGCGAUUCGCGCUUUACGAGUCCGUAUGCUUCCUUGCCAUGUUCCUCAAGGAAUGGCAGGUCUUUCCUGGAGAGAUGAGACCAGGGGAAACGCUUCAAGGAUGGCGGAAACGAGUAUUGGAAGAUAACGUGCAGCUCGCUGUGACCUUGGGUCCUUCUUCUGUACCGGUUAGGCUGGAAAGACGACGCCCGUAAUACAUUGUGCUAAGUGCACAACCGGAAUUUCC